UCUGACAAGAACCAUACAACCAACCAUAUACCCGCACUCUACUUUCUCAAAGUGUUGGUCAGCAAGUGUUGCCGAUGGUUAGAAGGCGUCCCGUAAGAACCCGAGAGCCAAAGGCAUGCCAGCAAUGCGCGUAUGCAAAAGUGAAAUGUGACCAACAAGAGACGGGUGGGUGCAAGCGAUGUUCUCGUUUAAAGAGGGAGUGCACCACUCAGGCACCCGGCGCUCACAAGCGCAAUGCUACCUCGCCGUUGGACGUUGCGAGACUCGAGAAGAAGCUUGACACUGUAGCUUGUCUUGUCGGCGUAUCAUCUCAGAUAACGUCUGGUGCAGCAUCCAACAGUGAACACACAAACAGACCCCAAGCCCAGAAGACCUCACAAUUGGUCCUCCCGUGGGAUGGAAGUCCCCAUUUUACUCAUGAAAGUGCAUCGCUGAUUUUAGCAAAAUACCGGACAGAGAUGGCGUACCACUGCCCUUGUGUUGUCAUCCCGCUUGAUAUGGCCUUGCCGCAGUGGCAGCAAAAGAGGCCACUUCUCUUGAGUGCGAUUCUAGUGGUGGCUUCUUUCGAAGAAGCAGAUCGGAGGAAACACAUGACAGAUCAUUUCCUAGAGCAUAUCAGCCGCUCAAUUGUUAAGGAACGGCAUAAGAGUCUCGAUAUCCUGCAGGCCCUCUUGGUCUGCCUAUCAUGGCAUCACUUUCUAUUUGAAUCCGAAGAACAGCUGGGUAUCAUCUUGCACCUGGCUCUGGCCAUGCUACAUAGUCUUGGACUCCAUCAAAGGCCUCAUUUAUCUAUUGGAAAAUCACCGCAACCAUGCGACCAUGACACUGCUCGUACCACAGAUGAACGGCGAGCCUACCUCGGGUGCUUUUAUACCACCUGUGUAACUGCGACAUGUCUCAAGAAUAUGGAUCCUCUUAGAUACACGGGCUACACUGAAGAAUGCUGUCAUGUUCCUGAGGAGCUGCAGGAAUAUCCUACAGACAUGUAUCUUGUCCGGCUGGUACGACUAAAUCGUAUGGCGCACAGGAUCAUUCAAAUAUUUCCCUUCGAUGCGUACAAUCCACCGCACAUAGCUUCGUCGGAUUCAGUGCAAACGUGUGUCAAGGCUCUUGAAGAGGAAUUAAAGCAUUUGAGACCAUCUAGCGCGCAGGACCGACUGCAGGACUCCAUCCUGGCAUUACAGUAUUACAGUCUGGAGCUCCACUUAUACGAGACUGCUCUGGAUGACGACUUCAUAAAGAGCGACCGGGAUAGCACCGGGGUGCGCCAUGAUAUCCUUCACUCAGGCUUGACCUCAGCGAAAGACUUCUUCUCAACGUUCUCUUCUCUUGCGCCUCAAUAUGUCCUCUAUCUGCCAUACUGGGUCUACCAGCAAUACUACCAUGCCGUCGAUGCAUUAUCUAAAUUUCUGGUCUUAGCACGGAAGGAACGCGAUCAGAUCAACACACUUAUUACCAUCGACGUUCCAACGGCCGUCGACAUGUUCAUCGGGAAAGCUAAAGAGGCAGUGCGACUUCUUAAUGACGAAGAAUCAUCACUCUGCAAGCAGGAAGUAUUUGAUCAACUCAUAUCACGAGUGCUUGCUAUCGAGGAGCUGCAUGAAACGAGACUUGCUGGUGUCCAAUCUUACGACAGCAAUAUGAUUGCUGCUAGCAGAAAUUCAAUACGGGAUGCGACGUUUGCGCUACCGCAUGGGAUGUCAUGGCAGUUUUUAGAGUUAGAAUAACAUAGCACUUUGCUAUAAUCUUUAAGAGAGGCGGGAUGAGAGGUGGGAUUGCCACGCUGGAACGAAGAACUACUACAGUUUUUAUUUCUAUCAUUUACCUUGAGCAUACCCA